CGGGCGAGGGGAAGCUAAACGGAUCAAGACAUUUUGAUAAGUAAAUGUCUGCGGAGUAAUUGUCACAUUUCAUCCCUCCCUGGUAUGUAGCUGCACCAUUUAGCAUUUUACAUAGAUUGAAUGUAUACAUACUUCAGUCUUGUUGGCUCGUUGACUUCCCAGCCACUGCCAUUUUUUGACUUUGUACUCUGCUGGACAACCAUGGGCAUCACACCCUGAAAAGCUUGGACGGACAGCGUCACCGUGCAUUUCGUCCCCAUUAUCCCCCUUCCAAUUCUCCCAUUCCUACUAACAAACACCGGAAUAUUAAAAUCUACACAUCACUGAUGCAUCAAAGAUCCCCGUAACUGCUUCGAAAAAUCCCCAUCGACAAAUUAUCACAAGGUUUAAUUAAUGAGCCAAUAGAAUUGCACAACGCUGAACGUGGGAAGCUUCGAUAACCCACACGCAAUGCAGCAAUAUAAAGGGAGCUCACGCUCCCAGGGCUCCAAAUCUCAGCAUCUCGAGACUUGGCGAAAGGUUGCACUCGUUUUUGUUAUUUGUGCUUUCUUAUAUACUUCGUACAUUAUGUUGUUGGAUCAGAUACUUUUAUUGUCUCUUACAGGCGUUACAGCCUCCGCUUUACUGCCUGAAAAAGAGCAAUCCUCAACUUCUACUUCAGAUGUUCCACAGUACUUCCAGACCACGCCAGAACUCUGGGCGGGGCCGACAGCUACUGGUCGAGCUCCUUUCCUGGUAAGUAGUGGGGAUUGGUUAACCAAAAUUCAUUUUAGAGACAAUGGAUUAAAGAUUAAUUUGCUGUUCGGUUUAGGCCCAGACAAAUCCCGUCUCGUUUGCGCCAACUGUGACUUUCGUCCCGAAUACCCCUCUUGAAACUGCGCAACCUAUUGUAGGCCAAGGCCAGAAUCAGAGUAUAUUCCAACUUAUGGGAAACCUUUCUCCUUAUUUGCCUAAUCCAUCUGGAUUUGGUGUUGCGGAGUAUCCAUUACCACCGGGAGCUAAGAUCGCUCAACUUCAGGUAAGAGUCAGAUCUUGGGAAAUACAUCCAGUUCUCAACAUGAUAUCACAUUUUCUUCAGUCUUCAAUCGAUUCCGAGUGGAUCAAGCCAAUUGUACCAUAUCAAAAGACAGUGGGUGUGGUUGAAUAUAAAGGAGUGUGAGCCAUUGUUUAAGCUCUUUCUGUAUUAUCAAAGGGCGUCGGCGAUAGAUCUCCGAAAGACACACAUAUACCAUAUGCUGACAUUUUACAGAUGCUCUCACGUCAUGGAUCGCGUUAUCCUACAGUAGGAAGUAAUGUUGAAGUCUUUGGCGAGAAAGUUGCCAACAAUACGGAGAAGCUCAAUGCCACUGGAGCUCUCUCGUUCUUGAAUAACUGGAAAUACGGAUUAGGUCAUGAAAUUCUUGUUCCUCGUGGAAGACAAGAGUUGUUUGAUAGUGGAAUCUUGCACUACUAUCAAUAUGCACAAUUGUACAAUCCUCACAGUAAAAUCAUCGCAAGAACUACUACCCAAGAUCGAAUGCUCAAGGUUUGUGAUCGCUCCCUUGCUCUCUGGUAUAAAGCUAAAUGAUGGUAGAGCGCGGAAUAUUUCAUGGCUGGCUUCUUUGGUCUCGAAUGGACAAACAACGCCACUAUUGAGGUCAUAAUUGAGUCCCAAGGCUACAAUAACAGUCUAGCAGGUUAUGAUAAUUGUCCCAACUCGAAUAAUUAUAGAAGUGCUGGAGGAUCAAAUGCUUCAGACCAGUGGGUUGCUGUAUAUCUCAAAGAUGCCACUACUAGAUUCCAAUCCAUGGUCUCGCCGGAGUUCAAUUGGACUGUGACAGACACCUACGCAGCUCAAACGUUGUGUCCAUACGAGACUGUAAGUACAAACUUCUAGGUUUACAUAAACACCGCAGUCUAACAUCGUGUAGGUGGCCUUUGGUUACAGUGCGUUCUGUGAUCUAUUCACCUAUCAAGAAUGGGUUGACUUCGAAUAUGCAAACGACCUUUACUUUGCCGGCGGAAGUUCCUUCGCCUCUCCAACUGGACGCGCUGUAGGAAUCGGCUACGUCCAAGAAGUAGUCGCCCGCCUUCAAAACCACACCUUGGGUUAUUCCGGUUCCCAGAUCAACACCACCCUGGACAACAACACCGCUACGUUUCCAUUGAACCAGUCCAUCUACCUCGAUUUCUCCCACGACACAAACAUCAUGUCUAUCCUCACAGCCUUUGGUUUUACUCAAUUCGCCACGCCUUUACCAGCUACUCAUUAUCCUGGUCCCCAUAAUCUAACCGUCUCGCACCUGGAGCCUUUUGGCGCAAGAUUAGACAUCGAACUUAUUAAGACACCAAAGCCAUUAACAGCAAAUAGGACGUAUAUCGAUGGUAAGGAAACUACUUAUAUACACUUCAUUCUCAACCAGAGGACGAUACCUUUGGGAUUCAGUUUCUUGGAGUGUGGAGUUGAUAGAUUGGAUGGGUGGUGUGAGCUGGAAACUUUUUUGAAAGUGCAGACUAGAUCGACCAAAGAAGCUCAGUAUGAAUAUGCUUGCUUUGGAGAUUAUCCUGCGGAACCAUAUGGAAGUAUCAAGAAUGGUGCGCCCAAUGCUUAUUAGUAGGUUCUCGAGUCGGUUGCUAAUCUAUCACUUGCUUGUUGGUAUCAAAAGAGCCAUGAUGUUGCUCCAGAGGGAGUUAGCUCUUCUGUAAAUAUCUUUAGUCAUUAAAUGUUGAUGCCUAGCCAAUCACUGAUAACCUGUUCCUGAAUCUGAAUCUCUAUCCUCAAACCACAGAAAAACCAAAGCCUGCGGGGCUGCGCAAAUUGGACUUUUGAGCUCUUCAUCAUGGUCUGUUUAUGGUAUGGCCACUACAGACCGAUUACAGCUACCAAAGAAACCUGUCUCAAUUAAUCAGCAAAGAACCCCAAACACACACGCCUUUUGCAGACAUCCAAGCCUAUUUUGAUGAAGGUCGCUGAAUGAUAUGUGGCUGUUGUAUCCUUGUAAUUUUCGUUAGAUCGCAAACCGAUGUCCCCUCCCUCCAUUCAAAUCCACCAGCUUGGUUGAACAGCAGUUCAUAGCCGCUAAUAUUCAAGAUUCUGGGUCUCAUUGCGCCAUUGUUCAAGUCAACUGCCUAUCCAAAUGUCCCGGUGUCAUGGGUCAUUAGAGGAGUAUGCCAA